ACAGCGACUUCCGCGCGAAUCUACAAAUUUUUUUUUAAAUGUUUGUUUUCCCUACUUAACCCAUUUAAGUGCUUGUAAAUAUUACUAAAAAAAGUUUUGUAAAGUAGUAAAGUACUGGUAAUAAGCUAAUAAGUGGAAUUUCACAUGAAUAAUGAAAUUUCGUGCUGUUAUGAUAGAUACAGCUCCUAUGAGAGAAUUUUCAAAUAUUGUAACCACCAUAUCAAAGUUAUCGAAAGAAUGUGUGCUACGGUUGUCCGAUAGUAAAUUGUAUUUCAUAGUAAGUGAAGACAAUAGUGGUCCCACACCACCCGUGUUAUGGUGUGAGAUUCCUCAAGAUGUGUUUUUCUCCGAAUAUCAAAUGAUUGGAAUAGAUGACGAACACAGGGAUAUUUAUUUAGGAGUUGUGUCAGCUAAUUUAGCACGAUCACUAACAACUCUGAAAUCUGCAAAAUGCCUAAAAAUAAAAUUAACCAAAAAGCAAUGCCCGUGCUUAACAUUGGACAUUGACAUGCCGUCAUCAACAUCUACUCAAACAAGACAAGUGACUCAUGAUAUACCAGUUGUAGUUGUUCCGAGAAAGCUGUGGAGUGAAUUUCAAGAACCUAGAAUUCCUCAACCAGAUAUAACAAUAGAAUUACCAGCAUUAAAACAAUUAAGGACAACAAUUGACCGCAUGAGAGCAAUGAGUUCGGAGGUUAUUAUUAGAGCUUCAGCCGAAGGUAGACUCACAUUGCAGAUUAAAACAAAUAUGGCUAAGGUGUCAACGAGAUUUAGAGAUUUAAGAGUUGAGGCUUUUGAAGGACCAAUUGACCAUUCUGAUUCGGAGACGGAAAGUCAAGCAAACGAAGAUAUGUCAAAAGUAUGUUAUUGUCGCGUCGAUGUUAAGAAAUUUUCUAUAUUCCUAAGUUCCGAACAAAUAUCUCAUAACAGAACUAUUUGUAGUAUUGUACAUAAAAAGUUAGUAAUUUUGUGCCUUCAGACCGAAGAAAACGUUAAGUUACAAUUUUUUAUUACUGGAAUUGUAUAUUAAUAAGUGUUGUAACUAGUUUUGUAAAUAAAACAAAUAAACU